GACAAAUCGGACAAAAUGGUUGAUCAUCUCCUGGGAACCUGGAAAUCAACCUCAUGUGAAAACUUUGAUGCAUACAUGAAAGAAUUAGGAGUGGGCUUAGCCACAAGGAAACUGGGCAAGUUGGCCAAACCCAGCGUGACCAUCAGUGCUGACGGUGAUGUGGUAACCAUCCAAACCAAAAGUGCCUUUAAAAAUAAUGAGAUCUCUUUUAAGCUUGGUGAGGAGUUUGAUGAAACCACACCAGAUGACCGAAAAACCAAGAGCAUUGUGACCUUAGAAAAUGGGUCAUUAAAUCAGGUCCAGAACUGGGAUGGCAAAGAGACCACAAUAAAGAGACAAGUGGUAGAUGGGAAAAUGGUGGUGGAAUGCACCAUGAAUGACAUCACCUGCACUAGGAUCUAUGAGAAAGCCUGA